AUGGCAAAGUGCUCCAUUGAAACAGAGGACCGAUUCGGUCCUGCUGCCGACUGUUAUGGAGGGUUUGACUUUACACUAUUAUUUGAGGAGACAAUCCUCACAAUUAUUCCCGCGAUAAUAGUACUGUUGCUAUUGCCGUUUCUCGUCGCUGAUAAGCUCAAGAGCAGUACCAAAGUUGCGCGGACAUGGUUUCACAGUGUAAAGCUGGCAACGUGGGCUGCCCUGGAAGUUUCGUAUUUCGUGCUAUUGGGAUUAAGUGUGCAUCCACACAGUCCGAAGACGAGAGCAUCUAUCGCCGCCAAUACACUGGUCCCUGUCCUGGGUCUUGGUUUGGCAUUGCUGUCGCAUUUGCAUCAUUUACGAAGUGUUCGCCCAUCCACUGUUAUCAUUCUGUAUCUUGGUUUGACCUUGAUCUUUGAUGUUGCUCGCUGCCGGACAUUAUGGGCACUUGUGGAGGGAGCGUCUACAGCCAUAGUGUUUAGCGUCGCCGUCGGACUGAAGACACUCCUACUGUUGCUUGAGUCGACAGAGAAGCACAACAUUUUGCUUCCAGAGUACAAGAAGCUACCACCGGAGUCGAUCGCUAGCGAAUUUAACCAAUGGUUUGCCUGGUGGAUCAAUCCAGUCCUCCUCAGAGGAUAUAGACGACAACUCGCGCUGAAAUCGUUGGACGAUGUGGAUCAGAACUUGCGAACAUGCGGGGAAUACGAAAGCUUUUAUCAUCGCUGGGGCGUCUGCAAGUUCAAAAGGCAACCUCGGGCGCUGCUGUUAGCCUGCAUGCUACAUAACAAAACUCUCCUGCUCAAGGGAUUGAUACCUCGUGCCUGUCAGACUGGGUUCACAUUUGCACAACCCUUUCUCAUCGAGCGUUUAAUAUCCUACAUUCAAAGUCCAGAGUUGACAGAACGACCGGCAUUUGGCACCGGUCUCAUCAUCUCGUAUGCCAUCGUGUACACUGGUAUUGCCGUAUCAACGGCCCUGACCCAGCACUGGACUCUCCAACUCAUCGCCAAAAUGCGAGCUGACCUCAUCGAUGUUAUUUAUCGCCACACUCUCAAAGUUCGCUCGACUUCUUUACAGGACGCCGACUCUGUCACAUUGAUGAGUGCUGAUGUGGAGAGGAUCGUGACGGGCUUCAGGACUAUGCAUGAGCUAUGGGCGUCGCCCAUUGAAGUUGGCCUUGUUCUAUGGUUGUUACACGCACAACUUGGUCUCGCUCUCGUGGGACCUGCUGGUACCGUCAUCAUCUGUGCUGCUCUGGGCGCCGUGGUGGCCUCUGGCGCUCCGGUAGCCCAAAAAGCCUGGCUCGACUCUAUCCAGACUCGCUUGGCAGCCACGGCGUCGAUGCUCAAGGUCAUGAAAGCCGUCAAGAUGACAGGACUUGCUGAUAAACUGGCUAAAAUAAUCACCAAUAUUCGCGAACGGGAGGUUCAGGUUUCAUUUGGGUAUAGACUCGUGUUGCUCAAGAUAGUUGCUAUUUCUUACUUGAGUAUUGCUCUAUCUCCGGUCGGCGCCUUCGGUAUCUACAUCUUGUUACAGCGAUAUAUGGCUUACAACAUCUUGGAUGUCACCAACGCUAUAACGACGCUAACCCUCUUGCAGCUUAUGAUUGCUCCCAUGUCGCUUUUUGUGGAAGGCCUAGGUGGCAUUAUGGGUGCCGUCGGAUGCUUCCAACGAAUUCAGCAAUAUUUGAACACCGACAUGCGUGUUGAUAACAGGACCUUCAACCAGUUCUAUCAUCCGGAUGCCAUUCAAUCGCAAUCACACAUGCCGACAACAAGCUCCAGCAGAGCAGGUUCCUUAAACGAAACUAUUGUUCCUGACAAUGCCAAAAGCCUGUCCCACCACGAGAAGAAAGAGGUGCCGUCCAGUAAAACUUACGAACUGGAGGAACUUGCUGAAACGGCACGGUUGGCCACUCCCCAGGAAAGCGCAUUUGCAAUAAGACUUCAGCAUAUUUCCGCCCGAUGGACGGACCAUCGAUCAUGCAUCUUGCAUGAUUUAAGCUUCGACAUUCCUCUUGGCAAACUGACAAUGGUCGUUGGCCCUGUUGGUAGUGGCAAAUCUACCCUCCUUCAUACAUUAUUAGGCGAAACACUUAUCUCAACUGGUUCCAUCAUUUCAGCCUUUCCAGAUGCCGCCUUUUGUACGCAGUCAUGUUGGAUUAUGAAUGCUACCCUCCAGAAGAAUAUUCUUGGAUCUCUACCUCUUGACCCAUACUGGUAUUCCACCGUGUUGAAUGCCUGUGCUCUUUCUCACGACAUAGAUCAAUUCCCACAAGGUGACAAAAUGCUCGUAGGGAGUAAUGGUAUCAAUCUCAGCGGCGGACAACAAAUGCGUCUUACUCUUGCUAGAGCCUUGUACUCUCGCAAGCAAAUAGUGAUAAUGGAUGAUGUCCUCAGUGGGCUUGAUGCCACAACAGAAAAGCUGGUGUUUGCAUCUGUAUUCUCCGAAUCCGGACUUCUACGACGUCAUAAAAUGACUGCAGUUCUGGCAACCAAUUCUGGCCAUCGCUUAGCUGAAGCAGAUCUGAUCGUGGUACUCGGUUCAGAUGGUACCGUCGCUCAACUGGGAACCUAUGAUGAGUUAUCAAGUGCCGAUGGAUACGUGUCAAACCUUCAAAUACGGGGUCGUCAAGAUGAUAGCAUGCAAAACAGCGGACUAUGCCUCCCAACUGAGGCUGUUCGGGAAGCUCUGUCCAAAGCACUCCCGGAAAUCAAUGCCGCUGACGCUUCCACUAGCGAUAUGGAUAUAUACAAGUAUUACAUUGAGUGCUUUGGAUGGAUCAAAUGGUCAAUAUUUGUUGUAAUUUGUGCCAUGUUUGCAUUCUUCUCCACAUUCCCACAGGUGUGGUUGAAGUGGUGGGCAGCAGACAACAUGCUGUAUCCAAACACAAACGCUGCUUAUUACUGGGGUAUAUAUCUUCUUCUUGGCGUUCUGACUGUCGUUAGUCUUGGAUCUGCUGCCGGGUUCCUCAUCACCAGCCUAGCUCCUCGCGUUGCGCUGACUCUACACAAACGCCUCCUUUUUACCGUAAUCAAUGCUCCAAUGUCUCUAUUUUACACUUCAGAUACUGGCUCUAUUACCAACAGAUUUAAUCAGGAUAUGGAGCUUAUUGACAUGGAUCUUCCUUUGUCAUUGAUCAACACAGUUGUCAUGAUAUUCGUUCUCAUUGCGCGAGCCAUCUUUAUCGCCGCUACUGGCAAAUACAUUGGAGCCGCACUUUUUUUCUGUGUCCUGGCUGUUUAUGUCCUCCAGAGCUUCUACCUGCGAACGUCGCGCACAUUACGGCUGCUAGACAUUGAAUCAAGGUCUAUCCUCCUCGCGCACUUCCUUGAAACUCUGGGUGGCCUGAUCAUACUCAGGGCAUUCAACUGGGAUCAGUACUUUAUCGAGCGUAACAACGAGCUUAUUGACAUUGUUCAAAGGCCAUUUUACCUCUUGUUGAGUGUUCAGAGAUGGCUUAGUCUUGUCCUGGACCUUAUGGUUGGUGGUAUAGCCAUAGUUCUUGCCACUAUUGCUGUGCAGGCACGAGGACUGGAUGUCGGAUUACUAGGUUUGGCUUUGGUUAGUAUUGUUGGCUUCAGCGCUGGUCUAAAACAACUCAUCAUUCACUGGACUAUGCUUGAAACAUCAGCAGGUGCUAUAACCCGAGUCAAGUCAUUUGUUUCCACCGUCGGAUGCGAGAACCUUCCCGCCGAGCGGGUAGCUGUCUCUGAGAGUUGGCCGCAGUUUGGAUCUGUGGAAUACCGUAACGUAAUGGCCUCAUAUGGAAAGGGAUCUGGGCCCGUCCUCCAAGACGUGUCUCUUACCAUCGAGCCUGGUCAACAUAUAGGCAUUUGUGGUCGCAGCGGAAGCGGCAAGAGUUCUUUGAUAGCUUGUCUUUUUCGCCUUUUAGAACUAGACGACGGUUCUAUUCAUGUCGAUGGCGUUGAUAUAUCAACAAUUCCGCGGCAGAAAGUACGAGAGCGACUGAUUGCCCUACCGCAAGAUGCGUAUAUCCUCCCUGGAACAGUUCGUUUCAACGUUGACCCUACUGGUGAUAAUGACGACGUGAGUAUCAUACAGGCGCUCGAGAAAGUUGGGCUGUGGAAAAUGCUCUGCAUUGACGAGGUUGGUGGUUUGGAUGGGAAAUUACCGCAGGAUCUACUCUCGCAUGGUCAGCGUCAACUGAUGUGUCUAGCACGGGCAAUGAUGCGGCGCUCUUCUAUUCUUGUCUUGGACGAGGCAACAGCUGCCGCUGACAGUGAGACGGAGGCACUCAUACAGCACAUUAUCCAAGAGCGUUUUGAACGCUAUACUAUCAUCGCUGUUGCACAUCGUCUGGACACAAUCCGGGAGUUUGACCGCGUCGCAGUCAUGGAUGCCGGCUGCAUAGUAGAAUGGGGAGAUCCAGUCACAUUAUUACGGCGAGAAAGUGCUUUCCGUACACUUUACAACGAUAUGAAGGGCAUUGCGGGACCCUGA